AUGGCUCAGGCGAAUCUUGGUGUUGUGCAGCUCAAGGACCGCGUUCAAGGGACUGAGGUGCCCCCAUCAAAGAAAUGGUUGAAGGUGGUGUUGACACUAACCUAUUCUUGGGGACUUGGGCCGAGCACACCAGGCCCUAGUACCGGGCGUGAAGGCUCACGACCACAAUCUCUUCUGGCAGUGCCCGAACGGCCUCCACCGCCGCCACCACGCCCGUCUUCUAAGUAUGAAGAUACAGCCCCUCUGCCACCACGGCCAAUCCCAACGUUUAUCAGGGAUGAGGCUCUGACUCCAGCAUUACCAGCAACAGCGAGACCUGCCCCACCCAAACCACCAAAACUCCCAGUUUUUGAACCGUCUAUUCCACCACCUUCGCCUCCUGCUUCCUGCCGGGAAUCACGAGCAUCAGCCGAAUCAUUUCGGGGUAGCACGACUCGACAGGACCAACAUUCUCCAUCAGAGCCUGUAGAGCACAAGACUACACCUCCGUCUACCUCUCAAUCACCUUCCCCUCCGGGGGAGUUCUCGGGCCUGUUCCCAGCAACCGCUCCACCCCCUCCUCCAGAGCAGACAAUUGAAUCUCUGCCUACUCAACCUAUGUCCUUUGUAGAGGAUAAAUCUGACUGCUUAUCAGCAGUUGUUUCAACUUCGCUUCCCGAGCGGACGACUUCGCCUUCGACUGCCCUUGAGCCAAUAACAUCUUCAGGCGAGUCCUCGGACUCGUCCCCAGUAACCCCUCCAUUGCUACCUCGAGAGCAAAGGACUAUGUCUCUGUCUACUUCUACAUAUACUGCAAGAGAUCUCUCGCCCCCUUCUCCACCAAUCGUGUCAUCGCCGCCUCCAGAGCAAGCAUCUAUUUCUGAAAGUUUGUCUGCUCCAAGGCAGGCUUCGAAUUCUUCUCUCACAAUCGCACCUUCGUCUACUCCUCGACCCAUGUCUCCAUCAAAAGAGCCCUCUAACUCGUCCCCAGCAGCAGCUCCACCAUCCUCUUCAGAGCAGACGAGUGAGCCUCGAUCUGCCCCUCGAAUCAUGUCUUCCACCCCAAGCGAGUCGUCUAACCCCCAACCAAGCACUCUAUCACCGGCACCAGAUCAAUCGAUCAAGCCUCCAUCUAAUCCUCAACCUAUACCUUCUCCUCCAAGGCAAUCCUCCGAAGAGUUUAAAAAAAACAUGUCAUCAUCAGUGAUGAUCGUGGUGUCGUCCCCAGAGGACCCCGCGCCUCGUACCAGCGUUUCUGCCAGGCGUAAAAUUUUUGAAGGUAUACCAAUCAUGGGACUUCGGCGCCAAGUGAAUGCGGAAGAUUGA